AUGGCUUCCAGAGUAUUACUGCGGCAGGGCAUUGCGCCUGCAGCAACUGGCGCAGCCUUAAUCGGAAUGGCUCUCUAUCCCCGGAGACCAUUACAUGCCGAAGCACCAGAUACCACCACUGAUGGUAGGAAAUCUAUCUACGAUGACUUUGAGGACCUCCCUUCCCCAUCCACGCCAACUCUCCCAUCCUCCAGAUCCAGAAGCCCCGCGUCGGAGGUAAUAUCGAGGAGACCUCCUGGUCCAACGCCUACCGAUAGACUCGCUGUGCAGAUAGGAAAGAGUCGAUUAUUCCUCUACGCACACGUCGUCGCCGCCGAGAACAAACUAAAUUCUAUGAUGGACUCUGCCCUUCACCUUGAAACCAGCUUUACUUCCACGAUUGCAUCGCUAGCACCAUCUCAACAAUCCGGGGAGAAGUUAAUGCCUGGGUCCAUCUACGUCUUGGUUGCCGCUAUGACGGGCUCAAUAAUAUCCCGAAACAGGAACAUCGUAUUGAGGGCUGCUGUGCCUUUCGCAGUCGGAAUUGGAGCAGGAUGGGUCGUCCUGCCCGUAACGAUGAGAAACGUGGCAAAUUUGGCAUGGGAAUAUGAAAGGAGGUUUCCAGUGAUUGCGGACUCACAUAUGAGAACGAGGGAGAGUGUAGAGAAGGCGUGGAGAAUGGCAAGGUUGCAUUCGAAGCAGGCAGUUUCAAUAGUGGAUGAGAAGAUCACUGAAGGGAGAGUGAAGGUAGAGGACUGGGUUAAGAAGGGAAAAUAG